GCCAACUAAAAGUGAAAAUUUAUUUCGCUUUCAAGUUUCGGUAUAGCAAGUUGAGUGCGGAAGUUGAUAGUGGCUUUUCGCGAUUAAUUUUAAAGCAUUAAUUAAGAAUUGAGUACACUAAAUAAGCAUAAUUUUACGGUUUAAAUAAAAAGAACGUUGAUAAAACUUUUUCAAUAGCGAUAUAAGUAAAUAUUUUGAAAAAAUAAAAAUGGAUAAAAGAGAAAAUGACUCUGACAAUAGCGAGUUGGUACCCGCACCAAAGAAACGCGGGCGUCCAGCAAAUCCUCAUAAAGCGGUAACUAAAAAGCCACCAAGCGGCCGCGGCCGUGGUAGGCCACCCGUAAAAAAGGUCGCUCGUUCUUCUGAUGAAGAUGGCGGAAUAGCCAACGGUGGCGACGUUUCGCCAGCCCCCCGUGGCAGGCCGCGCAAGGAUGCAAAAGGACGCGGCCGUCCGAAAAAGGUUGUUACCAACGAUGAAGACGAUGACGCCGAACAAGAUGGCGAUGUGCAAAAAAAAGUAAGCAAGAAGGCACCGAAAAAGUCUGCUACAAAAAAAGCCGAUAGCGAAGAUGAGAAUGACGACAGUGAAGUCGAAUCACGUCCAUCUGCACGACCUGCACCAAGCCGUGGACGUCCAAAGAAAGAAGACUCUAAAAAGAAGGUCGAAACACCCAAUGGUAAAAAACGCGGUCGUCCAUCUAAGAAUGGAAAAGAAUCAGGUUCUCCAGAGAGUAAGAAGGCAACACCAGCCGAUAAAAAUGAUAUGGCUGAUGAUUUAUCAGUAGAGUCUGAGGAGCACGAGUCAAUACCAGACUCUGAAUAAUUUUCAAUAUUUUUAAAAUAUUUUAGAUUUUAAGUAAAAAUAAAUAAGUUUAAAAUAUCAUAUGUUCUCUAGUUGAGAAAAAAUGUAAAAUACAAAAUGAUAUAAUUAAGUUUAACUACAUAACACACAUCUGUAUGUAAAACUUAAAAAUUAUUGUAAGAAAUAUUAAAACAAAUAAGACAGACAUCACUUGUAUGACACCACCCACCAUGCGCGCCAGCUUUACAACAACUUGCGGCUUCCUAAAAUUUUCAAUAUAGCUAAAAAAUUUUAAACAAUGACGGAGGGACCUAUAGCAUUCCUACGAUUUUCAUAAAUAUAAUGACUAUGAUUUUUGUUAUGGUAUUAGAUCUUAAGAAAAAAUAAUGGUGUGGUAUUAAAAUUUUUAUUUUAAUUUUUUUUUUCUUUAAUCAUUUAAAGGCAUUGUUUUUUUUUAAGUAGUAGUGAGUCUGCUUACUCUGCAAACUAAUUAUAAAUUGAUUGAUGUAAAAAAAUACCCUCAAACAUUCAAAAAAUGUAUUAGUAUUAGUUUCAAUAUUAAAACAAUUCAUGUAUUAUUGCAAGAAUUUCAAUAAAAUUACAUUCAAAU